AGCACGCUAAGUUUAAACGAUAGCUCAUUCAAUCGAAUCAUUAAUAUUUGAUAAUUAAACGACAAGAAGUAAUACACUACUACUGAAGCGGUAAGUGCAUUAAGUUUAUUCCGCUCUUACAAGAAUCCAAGAAAGUCUCCUCCCCUCCCAGAAUUCCAAGAAACCUCCUCCGUCGUUACUUUACUUCUUCCUUAAUCAACAAAAGAUUUUUUUUGGUUAUUUCCGUGAUAUAGGCUAUUGUUAAGAUGGCUUCUUCAACGCUUUUGCUGUUGGUGGUGUUUAUUAUUGAUUUGAUAGCUUUUGCACUUGCUGUUGCUGCUGAGCAAAGAAGGGCUUCUGCAACAACUACCACGGAUGCUACUUCAAACUAUUGCGUCUAUGAAUCAGAUGUUGCUACUGGCUUGGGUGUGGGGUCACUGCUGUGCCUUCUGGCAAGUCAACUACUUGUGAUGUUUGCAAGUCGAUGCUUGUGUUGUGGCAGGGCACUACGACCUGGCCGUCCAAGGACCUGGGCAAUUGUCCUAUUUAUAACCUGCUGGUUGACCUUUUUUAUUGCUGAAGUGUGCUUGCUAGCUGGUUCUGUGAAAAAUGCCUACCAUACCAAGUACAGAACUAUUCUGUCUCAGAACCCUCCUUCCUGCGAGACAUUGAGAAAGGGGGUCUUUGGGGCUGCGGCUGCAUUGAUUGUUUUCACUGGCGUACUCUCUGAGCUCUACUACGUGAGUUAUUCAAGGGCUGAUGAUGGAUACCUCCCUAAUGUUAGGGAUGCUGGCAUAAGGAUGGGGGCCUUAUAACAAGAGACCACCAACAUUACUAGAGAUAAUUUUAUUAGAAAACUGAAGUACGAUGGAUGGUGCUUUAAUGUUCUAGGAUUUGUUGGGUUCUCAUCUGUAAAUUGUGGUGCUAUUCUGAAAUGGAGGUGCGUAUAUGUACGAAAACAGUUGCCCCUCCUGUUCCUUCUAACCUCUCUAAUGUCUUGUUCUGCCACAGUUCCACAUGUUUGCCUUUUUCUUCUUGUCCUUUCUUUUAUUUUCUCUAUAUAAUUCUUGGUGGAGCGGUACAGACGUUGCUCCUCCGGCAUCGAGGUUAAUGUCAUUUCCAACUCAGCUCAAAUGGUUGGAGUCUCUCUGGUCUUUAUAA